AAAAGGGUUUUACACAACAAAAAUAUUUGUAUAUCUAUCAGCUUAAACCUUAUUCUUCGUCUUUAAAACAUCUGUUAAAACUCUGUCUCUCUCUACAGAGUUUUCUUUCCCUCUAAGAAAACAAAAUUAUUUUUCUUUUUUAUCAGUGGGUUUAUAAGCUUCAAGAUUCAGACAAGGAUUAUAAGGAGAGAAUUGUAUGUGUGCCUUAAAAGUGGCAAAUCAGGACGAUAACGUUGGUAAAAAAGCCGAGCCUACCACUCGAGAAGAUGAUCAUGGGACGUUAUCUGACAUCGAUCAAUGGCUUUACUUAUUUGCGGCGGAAGACGACCACCUCCACCGUGAUAACUCCCUCACGCCACCGUCCUCCUCUCUUAGUAUUAGCAGAGAGAAAGAGAUGUCUGCAAUAGUCUCUGCUUUGACACAUGUCGUGGCUGGAAAUGUUCCUACUCAUCAAUACGGUGGUGGAGGUGGUGGCGGUGGAGAAGGGGCGUCGAAUUCUUCUUCUUCCUCCGGGCAGAAAAGGAGGAGAGAGGUGGAGGAAGGUGGCGGUGGCAAAGCAGUUAUUGCAGCUAAUACUUUGACGGUUGAUCAGUAUUUAUCAGGCGGUAGUUCUAGUUCCCGAGUGAGAGAAGCUUCGAGCAACAUGUCAGGUUCAGUCCCAACAUAUGAAUACACAACUACAGCAAAUGCUAGUACUGAAACAUCAUCGUUGAGUGGGGACCAACCUCGAAGAAGAUACAGAGGAGUGAGACAAAGACCGUGGGGAAAAUGGGCAGCUGAGAUUCGAGAUCCUUUCAAAGCGGCUAGAGUUUGGCUUGGUACGUUUGACAAUGCUGAAUCAGCUGCAAGAGCUUAUGAUGAAGCUGCUCUUCGAUUUAGAGGCAACAAAGCUAAACUCAACUUUCCUGAAAACGUUAGACUCGUUAGACCCGCUUCAACUGCAGCAACGCAACCUGUGCUGCAAACAACUGUUCAGAGACCAACCCAGUUAAGAAACUCGGGUUCUACAAGUGCCCUUUUGCCUAUAAGACCUGCUUCGGAGCAAAACGUUAAUUCUCAGCCGUUGAUGCAAUCUUACAACUUGAGUUACUCAGAGAUGGCUCGUCAACACCAUCAACAAUCUACGAACUUAUAUGAUCCAAUGUUGCGUUUUGGUCAGACCGGGGAUUUAACCAUGCAGUCAGGGUCCACGUCAACUUCUUCGUCUCAUUCUCGUCCCCUGUUUUCUCCAGCAUCAGUUCAACCAAAACCGGAAUCAGCUGGCGAAACCGGUUAUCUCCAGGAUAUACAAUGGUCAUCAGACAAGACUAGUAAUAAUUAUAACAACUAUAAUAAUGAUCCAUCCUCUUGAUCGAAUGGCUUCAUUUCUUGUUUUUUUUUUACUAGUGUUUUAUUAUAGAACAGAGAAAAAAUGAUUAAUUAUCAUAGUGUCUAGAUUUUUGUAUUGUUUUUUUAUUCAUUUCUUUUCAGUUUAAUCAUAAUUUUGUUUACUAGUUCCUUGUAAAAACUAAUAAUAAGAGUGUUUAUUUUUAAUAA